GCUCAUGUGCUGCAUUGUCGCUGGCAUUGCCGCAGAGCUGGAAACCAAGCCAACGGAUGCCCAAGCAGCCGCCGAAGCUGUUCUUACCACAAAACUAACGCCCAGCGUCGAGGAGCCAAAGAGCAAAACCGAGAAACGUGAUUCCUCGGACCAAACAGCUUCGGGUUAUAUAAGCAAACCAGCCAAAGAAACGCCCUUCCGACCCAUUUACCCAUCCGCAGCAUAUUACGAGGCCGCAGAUAGUGGUGCCAUCUUUGGGCCCACCACGGUGCGUUAUACGGCAGCCGAUGCACCACCACAGAGCUACUACGAUAAACCGGAAAGCGGCAGCAUUCGAUAUGUGCCGCCAACCGCUGUGGAGCAGAAGCAUGCCUCUGCACUGGUUGGCCUGCCCGGGCCACUGCAAUUUUUACAGCAGCAACCACAGCAACUGCAGCAGCAACAGCAGCAGCAGCAUCUGCCCCCGCAUCGAUUCAGAUUCGCAGUGCCACCGCAAGUGGAGCUCUAUCAGCGACCGGCAGCCAAGUCGCCGGCAUCGAACUCCGUUUACAGCUACAUGGAGUCGGAGCCGAGCCUUUAUGAACGCGCCGGUCCGCAGCAAUAUCAAUUAGCAGCAACAGCAGCUGCACCGCAGCAGCAGAUGCCGCUGCCCGGGCAGCGUGUUCAAUAUAUUAUAGCCAUACCGCUUUCGUAUAUGCGGCAGCUGCAGCAGCAACUGGGCGCCGGGCUGCUGCCUGCGCCGCCCAGCACCGCCGCCAGCAGCACCAGCAGCAGCACAACGACAGCAGUGCCAGCAACAGCAGCCGCCGCAGCUAGUCAUCCCCUUAUGCAGGUAUUCGGUCCGCUGGCUCGCGAUCAUCAGGGCAUGUACAGGCCGUACUAUCAGUCGGACUUGGUCGGCGCGCCGUCAGCUGUGCCCACUCCAGUGGCCACCUAUGGCCAGCACUAUCUGCAGAUUCCCGCCAAUGUGUUGCUCGCUGCCGCACAGCAACUGCAGCAGCAACAGCAACACCAGCAACAUCAGCAACAUCAGCAACAUCAUCAACAUGAGCAACAUCAGCAACAGCAUCAAACUGUCUAUCCUAAGGCUGCUCCAACGCCCGCUUCUGUCUAUCAGCCGAUCAUUUAUCAGACGCAGCCAAAGCUGCAGCCGCAGCCGCAGCUACAUCUGCAGCGCGUUUAUCAGCAGACCCCAACGAUCUAUGCUGAGCAGCCAUCGGGUCAGCAAACCACUUUAUAUGCAUAUCCGCUACACCAGCAGCAACAGCAACAGCAGCAGCAGCAGCAACAUCAGGCGCGACUAUUGCGGCUGGGACUCAAGCAGGCAGAGCAGCAGCAUAAAUAUGCGACCGUGCCGACAGCAGGAGCUCCUUCCGCUUCGGCACCAGCAACAACAGCAGCAACAUCAACAUUGGUGUUGCCCACGGCAGCGACACACGAACAGCAGCAGCAGCAGCAGCAACAGCACCAGCAACAUCAGGCAUUGCCGCUCGUCCACUACAAUCCAAUUUAUGUGCAGGCACCAGCCGAACAGCAACAUCAUCAGCAGCAACAUCAAUUUGCAAUAUUGCCACGUUUUAGCAAUAAUAACCCAAAGGCCGCUUACAAUCUAGCACAUGAAUCAACGCCACCAAUUCAUGUUGUCAGACUGACAGCAGCGAACGCAUUGGGACAACAGCAGCCACAGCCGAUACACCAUUACCAUACCUACCAGCCGGCGUUGCAACACCAACACCAACAGCAACAGCAAUUCUAUCAGAGCCAUCCUGGGCCGCUGUCCAGCUAUGCUGAGGAGCAACAGCACUCACAGAGUCCAGCCGUAAUACCAUAUUUCAGCCAUCCGGGCGCCGUACACUAUGGCACGCACUUGUAUCAUCCGGCAUCAGCAGCAACAGCAGCAGCAGUGAGCACUAAACAGCAGCAACAGCAGCAGCAGCGACUGGCGUCUGCAACAACCGCAACAAGUGGAAGGCUGGCAGGUGACAAAAGCCCGGGCGGUCUGGGGGUCAAGCAGGCAACAGCCGCCGCGAAUAUUGUCAAAUAUCCCUAAGCGCUGAUGCAGACGACAUCAAAGGCGGCAACAGCAGCAGCAGCAACAGCA